AUGAUUGGCAGCUUGUUGUAUUUUGUGCUCUACCCCUUGUCGCGCUCCGUGACUAGCCUGUUCUCAGACAACUCAAAGAAGGCUCCUUCUCCUGCUGCGGUUAAUGACAGGGCUGUGUGGGAUGGUGGUGCUGGAGCAGCCACAUUCACCAACUCUCAGACAGCCUUGCUGGAUCAGAAGGGAGAAGCGAAAGGAGAGGCGAAAGAAAGGGUAGAUAAACAAGUCAAGGAGGAAAACAAUAAAAGGCCUGAUAUGUACAACAAUCCACAGACAGAAGUCCUGCAUACAGACUCAAAGAAUUAUGGAGCAUCACGAGUGAGUAACGGGCAUUCAGCACAGCGGGAAGAGGCUGGAGAUUCCAAACAGGAGGAUCUGAAAAUGUCUGUCCAUCCUAACACUCUACAUUUGAAAGCUGACAUGGAGGAUGAUGAAUUGUCUACAGCUGAUGAUACCAGUCAGGAGCUAGUGCUUUUGGCACACAUACAGGGCAUGCGAGUAGAGGACAGCAUGCGAGAAACUACUCGAUCUGUCGAGGAACAACUGCAAACCUAUGUGGAGUCAGUACCUCCACUUCAGGUGAGUGUAAAGAAAACUACCUGUCCGGUUCAGGGUAAAAGAAGGAUGCAAGCCUUAGAAGAGUCGGUGACUCAAACUGAGGAGGGCAUGCAUUUUUGUUUUCAGGAGGAGAAAAUCCAGCAUUCAAACAUGGAAGUUUGGGAUGAGUAUUUACUAUCUACAGCAGCUGUUGCCUCUGGUGGAUUGGACAGUUCAAAGCUUGGGUUUUCCCCCCUUCCUUCCAAAACUGAAACCCAUGUGAGACUGUGUGAGCAACAGAAUGAACAAUCCGGGUGGCACUUCCCUGUGGGGCCUGGCUUGGCGGACGAAAUGCAGUGCCCACGGUGGAACUUUCCUGCUGCUAGUUAUUACCCAGAGUUAGAGGUGCCCUUUGAAGUUAUGUGGAGAGUAUGGGAAAAUUUGGAUGCAACAGAAGAGCCUUCCCCAACCCCUAUCCCACUCAAAGAAGCCUCGAUGGACUUCACUGUCAUGUCCUACAACAUCCUUGCUCAGGACCUAUUGGAAAUUAACCAACAUUUGUACGUACACUGCCCCCUCGAUGUGCUGGACUGGAGUUUUCGCUGCACUCUGCUGUUAAAUGAAAUAGCAAAGUGGGCACCAGAUAUUCUGUGUCUGCAAGAAGUUCAGGAGAACCACUACCAUGAGCAGCUGCAUCCCGUCUUUUCUGAGAUGGGCUACACCUGCGUUUACAAGCGGCGCACUGGUACCAAGACGGAUGGCUGUGCUGUCUGCUACCGUAGCAGCCACUUCUCUCAAGCUGCUGUCACUGAGCUGGAGUUCUUCAGACCUGAAACGGAGCUGCUGGACCGACACAAUGUGGGCAUUCUGUUGCUGCUCAGGCCACUGGUCACUGAGGGAGCGGAGGUUAAGGAGAAGGGCCCGCCGCUGUGUGUGGCCAACACUCAUUUACUCUUCAACCCAAGGAGGGGGGAUGUGAAGCUAACUCAGCUGGCCAUGAUGUUGGCAGAAAUUGACGCCAUGGUUAAGUCCUGUAAGGGGAAAGGCGAACACUGUAACGUCAUACUGUGUGGAGACUUUAACUCCCUUCCACACAUGCCGCUGUACAAUCUGAUUACCAGCGGGGAACUCUACUACCAGGGUCUGCCUGCAUGGAUGGUAUCAGGCCAAGAGGACCUGUCAUAUAAGCCCAGUUGUCGGAGGCUGUUUGCUCCUCUGUGGCCCAGUUCACUGGGAAUCACUGACAGAUGCCAGUACACCACUGUAAACGAUAUGUUUGACAGCCAGAGUCAGAAAUCAGGCAAAUAUAGGUACAGCCACGACUUGAUGCUGCGACUGCGUUACUGUCCAGCUGCCUGCGUUCGUCCUAAGGACCUGGAACUGAUUCCAGGAGUGACCGACAACACGUCUGAUGCUUCGAGGGAAGAUCAGCAUUGCGAACAAGGGUUCAGACGCAUUCUCAGACAUCGGUUGGACCUGGAGUCGGUCUAUAAGCACGUUCUUCAUGGCUCUGGCAGUCCAGAAGUCACAACCCUGCACUCUGAAGGGGGAGCCACUGUCGACUACAUCUUCUACACCCCUAAACGCAUUAGAACCGCUGACCAAAAAGGUAGAGAAUUUGCAGGUAAAGGUCUGAAGCUUAUUGGUUCCCUGUCCCUCCUGUCUGAAGAUGUCUUGUGGUCAAUAAACGGACUUCCCAGUCAUAUAUUCCCCUCUGACCACCUCAGUCUGGUGGCUCGAUUCCAGAUGGACCUGAACUCUUAA